UCCAUAGGACGUUCUGUAAUCUAUUGCCGUAGUAUGCCCAUAUAGCAAAGACAUAAUGAUCAAGAUGAUGCCUUGAUAUAUUGUAAAGAGAGAGAGUAAACAUUAUGCUUCACAAGACACCCUUUCCUCAUAAAUACCAGCAGUGGGCAUUUACAGUUGCUGAAUUCAUCCUCAGGCCAGUUUUAUGGAGCUUCAGUGAAAUUGUGUCCAUCUUCAUUCCCACCACAAAAGAGAGAACCCACAUUGCGAGGCAUUAUGCCACCAGUCUAGCAUUCCUUCCUCUGUAUAUCAGUAUUCUGACCUGCCUCAUUGUCCCUGCUGUAGUGGCCUUUUUGAUGAGAUGUGUUUUACAUUUGUUCAGAAAUUCAUAUAUUCUUUCAGUAAAGGGGACCGAUGGACAACAAUAUGACUCAGAGAAAAAAACAUAUAAUGUAACAACAAUGAAUAUUUGCCUGAUGCCCGAGUUUCUCUCUAGAUUUAACAACCUGUCUCAUACAAAACAGCGAGCACAGAUAACAGGACAAAGAAUCAUAGCAGAUCAAAUCCGAACUGAAAGUAUAGCUAAUGGAACAAAACAAGUGGGAGAUAUUCAGACUAACUUUUCAGAAAUAGAUUUUAUGUGUAUUCAGGAAGGUUGGGAUAGGGAUCACAGUAAAAGACUGGUUAAGGAGCUUCAUAAGGUUUAUCCCUGGAUAAUAUAUGAUGUAGGAGAUACUAGUCUGUUUAACAAUUACUUUAUUUUCAAUAGUGGGUUGAUGUUUGUUAGUAAAUAUGAAAUCCUCCAUGCUUGCUUUAAAACGUACAGUAAUUCCUGCAAACAGUGCUUAUUUUCUGGGAAAGGACUUCUCAUGGUGAAGGUUUUGCUCGGGAGGUCAAAGGGAAAAUCCAAGGUGGGAUACAUCUUCAACACACAUCUACAGGCUUAUCAAGGUGAGACACCAAUUAUCCAGAAACAACUGGAUGAAGUGUUGCUGUGGACCGAGGAAUUCAGGACACUGACCGGUGACCAGAGGGACAGUGUGACCUUUGACAUUCUUUGUGGUGAUUUCAACUUUGAUAACAUAUCCCCAGGUGAUCAGUGUCUUUCAGAUCACAGUUUGUUUUCUGUGUACAUAGAUCCAGCUCGAAAAAGUGCAGGGCAGGACCAUGAAUGGACUGUGGGAACAGAAAUGAGACAGGGUUGUUUUUGGGAGGAGGAGAUUUCCUCCCCAGAGGGACUCAAGCGAGCGCUGGAGAAUCCAGCCAUGCGACGGCGGUACAUAUUAGACGCUGACGUAAAAGUGGCCACUCUGUCUAAUCUUGUGUACAAUGCUCAUCCAAAGACAGGGGAGGUAAACGAGAAAUGUGAUGGAAAACGGAGGAUAGAUUACAUUCUGUACAACAAGGAAUCAGACAUUGAAAUCAGACAAUACAGUUUUGUGACGAGGCUGGCCGAGCUGACAGAUCACAUUCCUGUCUCCAUGACAUUCAACACUUCCUGACAUCCCAGAAAUAAGCUUCUGGCUCUGAGACCAUAUAUUAAGUUAAAUGAGCACUUUUGAUCUCACCAGUCUGACUUUUUCAAUACCUACCUUUAUGAAUUUCUUUUUGUAAAAGUGAAAUUCAGAUCAAAUAUUGAGCUUUUAUGGGUUUUUCAGCCACACAUCCUGAUGAUUUGGAAAGAUAAGUAUGUUAACAUCAUUCAGAAAACAAAAAUGCAUUUGAAUAUGGAAGAAGUGAAAAUUGAGACUCUGUUAUUUUUUCUGGAAGGCUGUUGCUAGGCCAAAUAAAAUUGCAUUUCUGUACUGAUCAUAAAUAUAAUUUUAUUUAUUUUACUAUUUAAUUUUUUCCCUUUGUUAUAUACCGGUAUUUCUUGUUUAAAACAAAUUGAUUUAGUCUCAGGUUUGCUUUAGUAGAACUGUUGCAUAUAUACAGUGUACUCAUAUUGUGAUAUAAUCUACCGUACCGGUAUAUUGUUUGAAAAAGUGUUUUAUUAAGAAUUAUUGGUAUAGUCUAUUGUUGAAGAUGCUGAGAGAUUAUACAUUUGUCUGAUUGUUACUAUUUUUGAGAUACUUGAACCAGUGAU